UACAUUUUUGGCCGCCCAAAAGCUGACAGGCAUCCAACAUCCUCUGUGCUUUCUACACAAUUUUCUGUACCAGUGUAUUUAAUAUAUUAUGCAUUGGGCGGCAAAUUAUUUUGAAAAGAGCCUGGCCUGUUGACUGCCGUCACGACUAUUUCUAAAGUGCUGUCAUUAGAAUCCGCAAACGUCAGUUCAACUCAAUUACCAGAACUCUAUAUGGAUACUUUUACAGUACCAUAACUUCUACACGACCAUUUUAUUUUAUUAAUUUUUGCAAUUUAUGUGCCCAUUUGCAGCCUUUCGGCCCUGGCGUGCAGAAUCACCAAACUUUCAACCUGACCUAGGAGUUUCAGUAAAUUUUUUAAUUAUAAUAAGAACGAACGAAUAUCAUUAUCGUAUUCCAACCAGAGGAUUUUCUUGCCUGGAAUUGGUGGCCUUUUGUAGUGUGAUCAGUGAGCCCGAAAAAUACAAGUGCAACCGCGGAUGAUCUUGACUGCAGGACGUAGCCGGCAUCUCCACUGCUUUCCAGGCAGAACAAAAUCUCAGACACAGUAUUAUGCUCUCGUUCUGAAGCGUAAAAAACAGAUCAGGACUGAACUGUUUCUGGCGGUGGUGUAGCCAAUUGCUCCGGAACAAUCUCCGCGCACAAUCUAACUGAUACUCACAUCAGCCAAGCGAAAUGGCUAUUGGAUUGGGUGCUAAACUUGCACGACUUCUUUUAUUGACUUUCAAUCUGAUCUUCUGGCUUUCGGGGAUCGGCUUGAUCGGAGCAGGAAUAUGGAUGUUUCUAACGGAAAAAGGCGAAGUGUUCGCUAUAGUACAGCCGGAAGGAUCAGUGCCGAUGAUCAAGAUAGCAGCGUAUGGUAUAAUCGGGAUAGGCUGCUUUGUGUUACUGGUCGGAUUUCUGGGAUGCUGUGGAGCUAUGCACGAAAACCGCUGCAUGCUUGUGACCUAUUUUGCUGUAGUCCUCGUUAUCCUCUUGGCAGAAAUAGUUGGAGGAAUUUUGAUUGUGGUGUUUAAGGGCGAACUUGAUUCCAAACUGCAGAAUAAUCUCCAGGAAAAUUUGCAGAAGAAUUACGGCUUACUGCCCGACCACAAAGCAGUGACCGGUGGAUUUGAUACCAUACAGAAAAAUGGCAAGUGUUGCGGAGUUGUGGGGCCUAACGAUUAUGCGCUCUCGAACUGGACGAAGGUCAAUGAAGCCAAAGGGCAAAAAAACGAGGUGCCCGAUUCUUGUUGUGCGCCAGGUUCAAAUCCUUGCGAGAAGUAUCCCAUUGGAUGCUAUGAUCAAGUGAAAAAGAGCAUUUCCGAUGUCCAUGGAAUUCUGAUAGGUGUAGGCGCUGGAAUAGCAGCCUUAGAGCUGCUGGGAAUGAUCUUUGCAAUUUGUCUGUGCCGGAAUAUUGAUUACGAUAUUUGACUGUAACAUUCGAUCAUCCAAAUCCGGUUGUGGCAAUAUGACCACCUGGUUUCCUUUUAUACGAUUAACCAUCGUUUAGAAGAUGUGUUACACAGAAGUGACAGAACGCUUUUGUAACAAAGAUUAACUUGAGUUCCUGCUAAUGUUUCACUGGGAUAUUGUGGAUUCUUUUUUUCCGGUUAUAUAAUGUACAAGCUACAGAUGUAUUGCUGGUGCUGUCGCCCUUAAUAAAUGUUCGUUUUGUAAACAUUUUUCUUGCAAGCGACUAAUUGCUGGAAAACAGAAUGUUAUUCAAACCAAAAAUUUGUUU